AUGAAAGUAAUCGGACCGCUUAUAGCACUACUAGUGGGAAUAGUUUAUGUACGCUAUAGAGCCACUUCAAUGACACCAUCAUUCGAAUACGUUAUCGUCGGCGGGGGAACCUCCGGUUUAGUUGCAGCGAAUAGGUUAGUCCAAAGGGGCGCGUCCGUGCUUGUUAUUGAAGCUGGACCGGACUCAGAUCGCGAAGAUGGCGUCAAUAUUUCAGGAAUGUACGGAAGUAUGCUCAAUUCUCACAUUGACUGGAAAUACGACGUUGGAUUGAAACAGCCUAUGCCUAGAGGACGCACACUUGGUGGAAGUAGUGCCAUUAAUUUCCUAUUGUGGAAUAGACCUGCCGAAGUUGAAAUUAACGCUUGGAAUGACCUUGGGGUGAACGGAUGGGAUUGGGAUAGUCUUAUUGAAGCGAUGAAAGAAGUUGAGACAUUCAAUCCACCUUCUGAAAUCACCAACAAGUUGUUUGGUCUAGAUGAGCCUGUAGAUACCUCUAACUAUGGCCACAACGGUGAGAUACAACUAUCGUAUCCUCGCUACGCUACCAAAAUGGAUGAAGCAUGGUUGGAAACUCUAAGAAGAUUACACAUAGCUUCAAACGUCAACCCAGCAGAUGGUAACAACGUCGGUGCGAAUGUCUCACCGAUAACAAUGAACCCAUCGAACUUUACACGGUCGUAUUCUGCUUCAGCCUUUCUAAAGCCUGUUAGGGACAGUUCAAAGCUGACAAUCAUAGAUAAUGCCACUGUGUCUCGUGUUGUCACAGAAAAAGACUCAAGAGGAAUUUUAAAUGCCGUUGGUGUGGAAUACAUAAGAAAUGGCAAGAAGCACAGUGUUGCGGUAUUAAACAAAGUGGUUAUGGCAGCAGGUGCAAUCUCCACACCGCAUAUUCUCGAGUUGAGUGGGAUCGGAGAUGAGGAGAUAUUGAAGAAGUAUGGCAUUGAGACCAUUCUUCAUCAGCCAAACAUAGGAAAGAACUUUCAGGAUCACACUUAUGUAGCUUCUGUGUUUGAGGUGGACAGUUCGGUUCGUAACUUGGACCCCGUACAUUUCAAUCCGUCUAUCGCUCUAGAGGAGCUAGCAAAGUACCGCUCUCAAUCAGUCUCUCUACUUGAGCAAGCAAAUGUGUGCGUUGCAUACCUCACCAAAGAUCAAUUGUUGGACAAAGAAGAUCAAUCGGAGCUUGCAGAGCUGAUAAAAGAAGUAUAUCUCUAUGAAGGGGAGUACAAAGACCAAUAUCUCAAGCAGCUAGAGUUUCUGGAAAGUGAUAGCGUUACACAAUCAGAAUUCAUCAAUGUUGGUUUCUUCGCUGACGUCUUCAAUCCUCCCGAUGUCAACAAAACAUACUUGACGCUACUAGCUGCGAAUCAGCACCCAUUUGCAAGGGGAGAAGUACAUAUACGGAGUAGUAAUCCGCUUGCACACCCGCGCAUACAGCCUAAUUAUCUUUCACAUCCUAUUGACGUUCUUUUCCAAAAGGCAGCAUCGAAGUAUACACGUAGGAUAGCGUGGCAACAGCCCCUUAGCGCUGUUGUUGAGCGUGAGGUGAUCCCCGGCGCUCACGUACAGAGUGAGGAUGACUGGGAGGAUCUCGUCAAAAAGAGAAUAUUCGGAGAGUACCACGGGAUUGGUACUGCGAGAAUUGGGAAGGUUGAUCGCGGCGGAGUCGUCGACGAUAAGCUCAGAUUACAUGGUGCAAAUAAUAUACAUAUUAUCGAUGCAUCGGUAAUCCCGCUUCAUGUGUCGGCGCACAUACAGUCACUGGUAUACGCCAUUGCCAACAAAAGCUUAUUGUAUCUUUAA